AUCUAAGCUCCUCUAAGCUCUCAGAGUGCUGAAUAAGCAGGGAGAAACCGCCCGCGCCGCUGCGGGUGUAUCUACGCUCUGUGCUGAAUAAGCCAGCGGAGGACCGCCGCAUAAGCCGCGGGCGAACAAGCAGCGUUCCCGCGAGCGGGGCGCCCCACGAUGCCGACCGAGCUCAAGAGCGCGCCGGCGGUCAACCCGCUGAAGACCAAGUACCUGUUCUCGGCCGGCGCGCCGUACGGGACCAGCGAGGGCACCGAGCGCUUCCCGGAGAAGACGCUCGAGUUCACGAACGCGGCGGCGGGCGAGACGUUCCACUCGUCGUGCGCGGCGCGCGAGCGGAACCGGCGGGCCGCGACCGUGCCCCGCCCGCCCUACCGGGUCGCCGACACGGCGGCGCAGCGCUGGGACCGGGCGGCGAGCGAGGUCCCCUACGACGAGGCGACGCUGCGCCAGUCCUACGUCCGGACCGGCGCACGCGCCACAUUUUCGCGCGGUCUCCAUCAUAACCUGGGGUUCGUUCGCCGCUCGGUUCGCGCCCGACUCACCGGUUGACGCGCGCGCAGGCCCGGACGCGGGACAUCUACGCGGCCAACGUCGAGAAGAGCCGCGCGACGCGCGACCCGAUCACGUUCCAGCUGCACGACGCGUCGGGCGCCCUCAAGAAGGGCGGCGUCGCGGUCGAGGAGUCGGGUUGGGACCGACCCGCGCCCGGCGCGCGCGACGGCAACGACCGGGCGUUCCCGCUGCCCGAACGUGCGCGCAAGCUAAUCCUCGCGCGGCUCCCGAAGUUCCUCGACGACGAGGCGUAGCCGAUAAAUACGUUGCAAACCGAGAGGACCAGUGGCGCGGAUCGGCGGCGCGACAGAUGCCAGUGGCGCGACAUUGACCUUGAAACUAGGCGCGGCGGUGAGGAACGACAAACUUGAAAAACAAUAAUAAAUUAAGGAACAAGCUCGAGCCUUC